UUGUGGAGGGAGGCGCCGUCGGAGGAGAGUAGACGUCAGGAGGAGGGAGGGAGGGAAGGAUAGAGGGAAGGAAGAGAACGGGAGAGAAGCACAGAGAUCAAAAGAGAGCCAGAGAGAUAAAGCUUGAGACGAGAGAUAAUAAAGGAGAGUGAGAGGGAAACAGGACCAGAAAAAGGACUGGGAGGCAAGAGGAAUACGGAGGGAAGGGAAGUGAGUUUGUGCCCGCGCGCGCGCGCGCGCGCGCGCGUGUGUCUGUGUCUGUCCGUGUGUGUGUGUCUGUGUGUGCAGGGCAGGCGGGCGGGGGGCGGGCUCCGGGCUUCCCUCCUCCCCAGCCCGCUGCUCUCGCUCGCUCUCCAACUCCGGGCCCAGCCGCCGGCAGGCGCACAGCGGGCGGACAGCAUGCUGAGCCUCCUCGUCUGGAUCCUCACUCUCUCCGAUACUUUCUCCCAAGGGACCCAGACGCGCUUCAGUCAGGAGCCAGCUGACCAGACUGUGGUGGCCGGACAGCGGGCUGUGCUGCCCUGUGUGCUGUUCAACUACUCAGGGAUCGUGCAAUGGACCAAGGACGGGCUGGCCCUGGGCAUGGGCCAGGGCCUCAAAGCCUGGCCGCGGUACCGGGUCAUGGGCUCUGCCGAUGCCGGACAGUACAACCUGGAGAUCACAGAUGCUGAGCUCUCAGACGACGCCUCUUACGAGUGCCAGGCCACGGAGGCCGCCCUGCGAUCCCGGCGGGCCAAGCUCACCGUGCUAAUCCCCCCAGAGGACACCAGGAUUGAUGGAGGCCCUGUGAUUCUGCUGCAGGCAGGCAUCCCCCACAACCUGACGUGCCGAGCCUUCAACGCCAAGCCUGCCGCCACCAUCAUCUGGUUCCGGGACGGGACACAACAGGAUGGCGCUGUGGCCAGCACGGAAUUGCUGAAGGAUGGGAAGAGGGAGACCACCAUUAGCCAGCUGCUCAUUAACCCCACAGACCUGGACAUCGGGCGUGUCUUCACCUGCCGCAGUGUGAAUGAGGCUAUCCCAAAUGGCAAGGAGACCUCCAUUGAGCUCGACGUGCACCAUCCUCCUACGGUAACCCUGUCCAUAGAGCCACAGACGGUGCAGGAGGGUGAGCGUGUCAUCUUCACAUGCCAGGCCACAGCCAACCCCGAGAUCCUGGGCUACAGGUGGGCCAAGGGGGGUUUCUUGAUUGAAGACGCCCAUGAGAGUCGCUAUGAGACAAAUGUCGAUUAUUCCUUCUUCACGGAGCCUGUAUCCUGUGAGGUCCACAACAAAGUGGGGAGCACCAAUGUCAGCACUUUAGUAAAUGUCCACUUUGCCCCCCGGAUUGUAGUUGACCCCAAGCCUACGACCACAGAUAUAGGCUCUGAUGUGACCCUCACCUGUGUCUGGGUUGGGAACCCCCCCCUCACCCUCACCUGGACCAAAAAGGACUCAAACAUGGGGCCCAGACCUCCUGGCUCCCCACCCGAGGCUGCUCUCUCUGCCCAGGUCCUGAGUAACAGCAACCAGCUGCUGCUGAAGUCCGUGACCCAGGCAGAUGCCGGCACCUACACCUGCCGAGCCAUCGUGCCUCGGAUUGGAGUGGCUGAACGGGAGGUACCCCUGUAUGUAAAUGGGCCCCCCAUUAUCUCCAGUGAGGCGGUGCAGUAUGCAGUGAGGGGGGAUGGAGGCAAGGUGGAGUGUUUCAUCGGGAGCACGCCACCCCCGGAUCGCAUUGCCUGGGCAUGGAAGGAGAACUUCCUGGAGGUGGGGACCCUAGAACGCUAUACGGUGGAGAGGACCAACUCGGGCAGUGGGGUGCUGUCCACACUCACCAUCAACAAUGUCAUGGAGGCUGACUUCCAGACCCACUACAACUGCACUGCGUGGAACAGCUUUGGCCCGGGCACGGCAAUCAUCCAGCUGGAAGAACGAGAGGUGUUGCCCGUGGGCAUCAUCGCCGGGGCCACCAUUGGUGCGGGCAUCCUGCUCAUCUUCUUCUUCAUCGCCUUGGUGUUCUUCCUCUACCGACGCCGCAAAGGCAGUCGCAAGGACGUGACCCUCAGGAAGCUAGACAUCAAGGUGGAGACAGUGAACCGUGAGCCACUCACAAUGCACUCUGACCGAGAGGAUGACACCGCCAGCGUGUCCACCGCCACCCGGGUCAUGAAGGCCAUCUACUCGUCCUUUAAGGAUGAUGUGGAUCUGAAGCAGGACCUGCGCUGUGACACCAUCGACACCCGGGAAGAGUAUGAGAUGAAGGACCCUACCAAUGGCUACUACAACGUGCGUGCCCACGAAGACCGCCCGUCUUCCAGGACCAUGAUCUAUGCCGACUACCGGGGCCCUGGCCCCACUACCCGCUUCGAUGGCCGCCCCUCCUCCCGUCUCUCCCACUCCAGCGGCUACGCCCAGCUCAACACCUACAGCCGGGCCCCUGCCUCCGACUACGUCGCUGAGUCCACACCCUCUGGUCCUGCCGCCCCGGCUGGCACCGACACCACCAGCCAGUUGUCCUACGAGAACUAUGAGAAGUUCAAUUCCCAUCCUUUCCCCGGGGCAGCUGGGUACCCCACCUACCGACUGGGAUACCCCCAGGCCCCGCCCUCCGGCCUGGAGCGGACCCCAUAUGAGGCGUAUGACCCCAUUGGCAAGUAUGCCACGGCCACUCGGUUCUCCUACACCUCCCAGCAUUCGGACUACGGCCAGCGCUUCCAGCAGCGCAUGCAGACUCACGUGUAGGGCCUGGGCGGGCUGGGCGUCGCUGCGGGGCAGAGGAGAAGGCUCUGACGGCGGUUCCCUGAUAUUCAGGGGCAUUGCUCGUUGCUCCCGUCUUGGAUCAGCCUUCCUCCUCCCGCCGUGGCAGGUGGGGAGCAGGUCUCCCAGAAACACCCCGUCCCGAGGAUGGUGCUCUGCGCAUGCCCCACCUCCUGGGCCUGCCCUUCCCUCUUCUUCGGGAGGAUGUGUGUCUCCUGACCUGCACUCUUGCCUGGCCCCAGCAUGGGGACAGGGAAAGUGGGGCUUGGGGAGAACAGAGGGGGUACUUUUUAGCAACCCCUUUCUAUCCCGCCCCUCUGAUCUCCCAUAAGUGGAGUGGGGUUAUGCGAGGAAGGGCAGGCUUUGGCCCAAGGAAAAUGAAGGGUGGGGUGGGUGGCUCUGGUACAGAUAAGGUAGAAAACGGGAUAGCCCAGCCAGCCCCUCUGUUGUCUGCGCUCAAGCUCUGGGUGCAUCUGUCCCUCCUCAGGGGAUUACAGAAGGGACCUUGGAUUUACAUUAGCUCUGCUGCACAUCAGCCCUGGUACUGAGUUCAAAUCCAGCCUUCAUUCCGCUGGGAUCAAAAUACCAGUCAUCCUGGCUGCCCACUGUGGACAUCUGUCUGCUGUCCUCCAGAGGGAUCCAGGUGUCCCCAGGAGCGCUUCCCUCUUUCCUUCUCCUCGAUGCUGGGCCAGGAGACAAGUGAGGGUUUCUUGGUGGAGAAAUGAAAGGUCAGAAACCACGUCCUAAUUGACCGGCAAGGCUGCUGUGCACUACAUAGCAGUUCCCAAAGCCAACACUAGAGGGAGUCCGCCCAAGCCCCGGUCUCCCCAAUCUGCCCCACUUCCUGGCUUUCACUUUUGAGCCUGCCUGGGGAGUGGGGGGUGGGGGCGGGGGUGCUAUAGGCUAUUUUUCAAAGACAACAAAAAACAAUGAAAACCUCGUUUGGAAAGAAAAGCUGUAGGGAUUUCCCCACACAAAUACAAGUCCCAGUGGGAAAAAGGGAGCACCUGUCCUCCACCCUCCAUUACUCUUUCAAUCUCCAAGCACUUUGAAUCCAUUUUUGUACAUUCAGGUGGUGAGACCUGUCAUGGGAGUGGGCUCUGACAGGGUUAGGGGCGGGGGCCUGGCUCUCAGACCUGCUGACCUACCCCAGACCCCACCAGCUGGUUGGAGAGGCCACCUUCCAGGUGGCAUGAGAGAUACUCUCUUUAGACAGGUUUUCUUAUUUUUGUCUUUUUUUUUUUUCUUCCUUUCUUGGACCAAUCAGAUUUUUCUUCCACUUCCAGUGCCUUGAGUGUCCAGCUUUGGUUGAGGGCCAAAGCUUUGGUUAACCUGUGUGGGCGGCUGUGUAGGGAGGGGGGACCUGUGAGCCUCGGACACACUGUCAGGUUUUACAGUGUUGGGGCGAAACGGGUGAGGGGCCUGAAAACGGCCCCUGACGGAAAACUUGUGCUGACGGGAGAAGGUGGCGCAGAAGGGCACUGCAGGCAUCCCACCGUCCAUGCUUUCUCCCCCUCCUCCCCAUGUACCCUUCCACCCACGCGCACACUCCACCCGGCUGUUUCUCAGCCUCCACCUCUGACCAAAGAGAACAGGAGCUCCGAAGAGAACCUGUCCCCCGCCCCAGCCUCCUCGUCCCAAGAAUAUGUGUCUGGAGUCUGCUCUUCUCCUUGUCCCCAACUCUGCGGCAAGCGGGAGGGGAGGUGGGGCCUCUGGUGCAACUCCCAGACUGCACCUUGCCCUUUCUCGGCGGUCACCAUUCAUUAGUCAUGUUCGCUUUAAUGAGUUACAUGCCCAUCAGCCACGGGCCAUCAACAGCCUUACGGAUGGGUCUGUGGGGUGACAUUCCCGGGUAGCCACUCCCUGCAAAGGACCAGAUAAUACCCAGGGUGAAAGUAGCUCCAGUUCCAACCUCAACGGCUGGCUCUUCGUCCUCCUUUUCAUCUAGGGGAUUCCGGUGAAGUGGGCCCUUCCUGAGCCUUUAUACCCAGCCCUGAAAGCAGGCACCUUCCUGCAGAGCUUUUUUAUGUGAGCUGAGUAGGAAGAUCUGUUAAGGAUGCAGGUUCGUGCGCCGACAAAUCCAUGCAAAAUUUUGAUUAUUUUCGCAGAAACCAUAAGCCAUGGAUAAUCCAAACAGUUAAGGUCUAAAGAUAGUGGCUUUUUAAACAUGAAUAUUCCAAAACAGCCAUUUUUCUUUUGGGUCUGGCCAGAUUCUUUCGUUUCCCCCUUUGGGGCUUAAGUCUUGGGCCCCUUCUGUUGAAAAAAUGGAGAGGGGCCCAAGGUCACUAGGUAACUCAGCUAAUUCUGCUGGGAGGCUGGCUGAGAAAGGAAGCUUAGUUUUCUGAAGCCUGACACAGAGCUACUUCACUGUUCUCUGUCCCUUGGCAAAUGAACUGGGGCCUCCUGGGUAUCAAGCAGGCGCCGCACACAGCACCGGGAAACAGACAAAAUCAAGGCAUUGUCUGCCCUCCAGCAACUUACAUUCUGGUUUGAUCAGUAUUUGCCUUGGGAUCUGCCUGUCAGGCCAAAUGGGAUAGCUUUUCUGGGGGAUGGCAGGUGUCUUGAUCAGGGGCCUUUGUUGCUACGGCUGGAGAAUCCUCCAGCACGGUGCCUCAGCACUGGCCAAUGUGGCCACCUUGUGGUCCUGACCUCAUUCAACCUUCUUGUUUGGAAGAACUAGGGGCUGGGAGACUGGGGACCCAGCUCCGAAGCUGCCAUUUACUGAGUGACCUUGGACCAACUAGUACAUUCAUCGUCCCCAAUAUUCUGGCCCGUAAAGUGAAGGAGAUUCAGCUUUUGCUGUAUUCAUCAGGGGGUGGGGUGCUGCCAUCCCUGCCCAGGGGUUGGUAGCAGAUAAAGGAUAGGAAGCUGAGGGGUCUACCUCUCCUCUUAGAAGCUUGCACCACAGGCUUCAUUAUCGUGUCCCAAGCGUGAGUUAAUUUCCACCUGAUCACAGACAGCAGCAAAAAGCAGACCCUGAACCUCAGAGUGAAACCACUCUGGGGUUAUUCUUUGGCCUUUCGGUUGUCUGUGGUGUAGUCCACUCAGAGCUGUACGAGAUUUGCAAAGGCGUCCUCGGGCAGGGACAGGCGAUGGUGAGGUUUCUUUGCUGUGUGCCAAGAUUUCUGGCAAUUUCCUCCCCGAGGAAUGAUGGGAGCAUCCAUCCUCCACCACAGUCCUCAGGAGCAUUCUCCUGGCCCAGGGACAGCUCACCAUACCACACUUACAGAGCAAGCUGAAGCCUGGUGUCUAAGGUGUCUUGGGCAAGGAGUGAGCACAGCUGACUCCUCUGUGAAGGAGCAGGUAGGAAAGGGAGCUGGUAGAGAGGAGAGGGAUAUAAUGGUUUUUACAGGAAUUCUGGAUUUUGAAGAGGUUCUUGUAGUUUUGGGUGAGUUAUGGCCUUGCCAACCUACAUUCUAAAUACUAAGCCCCUCAAAAUUCAGUCACAAAGUUUGUGUGAAGCCAAAACUGUAAACAAUCAAAAAGGAAAGACACUGGGGAUAGAAGCAAUACAUAUGCUCUACAAAUGGCUUGCCUGGAAUGAAAGAGGUUCCUUUGACCACCUUGUCUCAAGCAGAUGGCCCUUCCUUAUUCCAGCAGUUGCCACUUUCCUCAUAGUUUUGAGGGGCACUGGUCACUAUGCAGGACGGAGCUGACUACACUGGAGUCUUUUGCCCCAGAGCUCUUCCAUCAGUCUGUGGGCCCUCCUGUCAGGAGCCCUGAGUCUUGGGCUCCUUAAAAUGGAGAGAUUAGAUGGCCCCUCAGUAUCCUUGAUCCAUGAGCGCAGCGACGUUAGGCCAUUUGGUUUUUACAAGAACCACAUUAAAGCCAGACAACCCCGUUGGAAUGGACUGGUUCAGUCCCUGCCUCCCUCUCUGCUGUGUGGACAGUUGUGUCCCCAUUGUUGAACUCUAGGCCACCUGGCCUUGGAAACAUUGGCUCCUCUGCCAUUUUAUUGCUGUGUGACCUGAGCCAGGUCCCCACUCUGUGCCUCUAGAAACCCUUCUGCAUAUUGAGGGAAUCACCUGAAUGACAUCAGUGAGGCUCCUGACCCUGGUGAGACCAGUGAGGAGGUGAUAAUAGGACAUUGAAGCGCACAGACCAAGGGAUAGAGUUGGAAAGACAUUUAUUUUUGCGAUUAGGCUGUAAAAUUAGCCUCCUUACCUCCCCCUAUUACCCCUCCCCUUCCUGCAAUGCUCUUCCUGAAUGACCUCUUUCUGAAGCAGGCCUCUUUCUGAAUGACUUUGUUCUCGCCUUGAUCAGCUUUGUCCUGACACCCUUCUUCUGGGCUGGUGGAGAUGACAAAGGGGUGUGUGGCUUACAAGAUUUCUGGACUGGGGAGGUGGGGGAUAGAAUCCCAUUUUUUUGCGUCACUGUGAGGGAGCUCCAGGCCCUGCCCCUGGAGAAAUAACUGCUGCGCAGAAGUCACAGGCCAUACCGGCAGUUCUGGUACAAGCCUGCCCUUAAAAAAUAAUAAUAAUAACUAUUUGCAUAAAACUAUCAUUCAUUCCGACUGUCCCCCGUUCUUGGCUUUUUGCUGGCCCCAACCAUUGGCCUUUUCGAGUGUUGGUGGGCCCUGGGCUCUUCUAUUCACUUCUGGAGAUCUCCAGAGUCUGCCCUCUGGGGGGUGCCCCUAACUGGGGAGAGAACAGUUAAGUUGUCAAUACAAUCAAACUCACGGUGCAAUCAUGUUUGCAAUAGUGACCCAGAAGAUUCUGUGACCUCCAAUAUCACCAGAAAGAGGUCCAGAGCUCCCUGUGGUCACGUUUUUUACCCCAGCUAUUCUUGGCAUUGCAACCUCUUAUUUCUGGCUCCAGUUGAAUUUUCUGUACUCAAACCCCAAUAAUAAACGGAUCCAUGAUGAUAAUUAAGAGAAGAGAAAAAAAAAUAUUAUUUUUGUUAGGAUAAACCAUCGUAGAUUUUUAGCAAUGUGUAUCCGUGUGUCCCUCACACCUUUUCCUAUUCUGCCUUUUUCAUUUUCCUUUUUUUUAAAUAUUAUGUACUAUAUUUUUAGUCUUAAACA